GAGCUGCAGGAGCAGGAGCAGCCGUCUGACGACAUCCGCUCACCUCACCUCAUCACUCUUCCUCUGGUGCUCCGUCAUCACCGGACUCUUCGUCAUCAGCGGACUCUUCCUCGUCCCGCAUCUCCCCCGAGUGGACUUGUCUGCUUGACAAGACUUCCUCAGCGGACCCUUCCUCUUCAUCACCCAACUCUUCUACGCUCUGAGACUUCCGAGCUGACAGCUCAUCCUCCGCCUGACAGGACCUCUUCAGAGGGUCCUUCUUCUUCAUCAUCAGAGUCUUCGUCAGUGGACUCUCUCUCUCUCCCCUUCUGCAGGGAGGUCUGGCUGACUACACACACACACACACACACACACACACACACACACCCUGCGGCUUUUCAAUUCUCUCUGUGGGACAACACACACCUCCUGAGGAGUAGAGGUCGUUUGUGCAGAGGUCAUCACCAGGCUUAUCUGACAGGUCCUGAGAGAUUUGAGAGAGAGCCCAGAAGGAGGGAGAGGAGAGGAGAGGAGAGGAAGGAUAAAAGGAAUUCCGUGCUCCCUUGAAGAAGAGAGAGAGAGAACCUGGAACAGAAAGAGUCCCAGAGACAGAGCCCCUCUGUGUUCCGUCAGGGGAAGAGAACCCCAGCUCUGGUUUCCCCCAUCUCUCCGUGCCUCAUGGGGAGUGUUCCCCAGCUGUGAGGAGUGAACUGUACACACACACACGCCGCGCACACACACACUGUGUGGAGAGGACCCGGUUUCUCUGUGGAGUGAAGCCAAACUCGUGCCGUCAUGGGGGAGUGGACGAUUCUGGAGCGGCUGCUGGAGGCCGCUGUUCAGCAGCACUCUACAAUGAUCGGCAGAAUCCUGCUGACAGUGGUAGUCAUCUUCCGCAUCCUGAUAGUGGGGAUAGUAGGGGAGAAGGUGUACGAAGACGAGCAGAUGAUGUUCAUAUGCAACACCCUGCAGCCCGGCUGCAACCAGGCCUGUUACGACAAGGCCUUCCCCAUCUCGCACAUCCGCUACUGGGUCUUCCAGAUCAUCCUGGUCUGCACGCCCAGUCUCUGCUUCAUCACCUAUUCUGUGCACCAGGCGGCCAAGGUGCGCGACCGCGCCUACACGCAUCUGCACGGGCCCUACAUCGACCACGGCCACGCGCCCGGCCGCAGCAAGCUGCGCAACAUCAACGGCAUCCUGGUGCACCCGGGCGACAAGGACGAGGAGGGCAAGGACCUGCCCAACGCGCCGCGAGGCAUGGGGGGGGGGUCCAAGAACAUCAAGGUGCGGCAGCUGGAGGGGGUGUCGCGCUUCUACGUCAUCCAGGUGGUGUUCCGGAACGUUCUGGAGAUCGGCUUCCUAGUGGGCCAGUACUUCCUGUACGGGUUCAACGUGCCGGCCAUGUACGAGUGCAACCGAUACCCGUGCGUGAAGGAGGUGGAGUGCUACGUGUCGCGGCCCACGGAGAAGACCGUCUUCCUGGUGUUCAUGUUCGCCGUGAGCGGCAUCUGCGUGCUGCUCAACCUGGCCGAGCUCAACCACCUGGGUUGGCGCAAGGUGAAGGUGGCCAUCAGAGGCGUGCAGGCCCGCCGCAAGUCCAUCUGCGAGAUCCGCAAGAAGGAUAUAUCUCACAUGUCCCAGGUGCCCAACCUGGGCCGAACGCAGUCCAGCGAGUCUGCUUACGUUUGACACCCAGGGGUUAAAGGUCAGAGGGCGAGAUGGGACCCUGACCCAUGGGUAUUUAGCAUAGGAGAAAGUUUGAUACCACAAGGACAGGACUUGUCACGAAGUGACAAAAUACUAGAAUUUAUUCAGUUUUCCUACUUUAAUCAGAGGGACAUUCAUAGUCUACUUUAAUAUUGGGGUGCAGGGGACAUAUCCCCGCCUCUCAAUGCUCUCCCAAGCCCUACACCCCUGCCCCUCAGGGAUUUGGGAGGUGGGAAACAGUUACUAGACCGUCAGACACACACGCACACACACACACACACACACACACACACACACACACACACACACACACACACACACACAUACCCAAACACACAGGACGACAGACACAUCUGGCAGACGACGUCUGAGAACUGCCUACACACACUGCGACACUGCGACAGGUACCACUGCAGAGAGAGACUUCUUCGUUACACUGCUGUGGCUGCAAGUGUGGGUGGACCUCCUCCAUUUGAUCUUAAUCACUACAGACACUCAGACUGACUCCUAUCAGUAUAGCCUCCAGAGGAGAGGAGAGGAGAGGGGAGGAGAGGGGAAGAGAGGAGAAGAGAGGAGAGGCCGUUUUCCUCUCUGGUGGUGGAGAAGAAAAGGGCCCCGGGACCUUCAGAGACUGUGGAGGAGGAGGAGGAGGAGGAGGAGAGGAGCAGUAGCCACCUCCUGGCCUCUCACGCAGACUCACACCUCACUGAGCCCCAUGGGACUGUGGAGGUCUUCCAGCAGAAUGCGUCAGAGAGAGCGAGAGAGAGACGUUCGAUAGCGGAUUGGUUGGUGACCGGAGGGAACUCCUUAUAAGCCUACCCUGCAUGAUGAGGGACUCGGGAGGGAUGGGGUGGGGUAGGGAGGGGAGGGGUUGGUUGGAAAGAGAUCUGUGCAUGCAGUUAUGUGUGUAUAGAGCGUACCGAGAUGAAUUACGAGAUAGACAGAGGGGGGGGGGAGAAAGAGGUGGAGAGAUAUAGAGACAGGACAAGAAGGCGAGAGCUAGGGAACGAGAGAGAAAGAGAGGGAUAGACAGAGGGGGAGAGAAAUGAAGACAGGGAGAGACAGAGACAGAAA